UCCAGAGCGAGUGCGGCGUAGAGCAGCGCACCCCGGAGGGGUCCGCGGUCAGCCCAGCCGGCUCCGCCACGGCGACCUUCGGGCAAUAACUCGGGAUCCUGCGGGCAGCGUCACUGAUUUCUGCUUGGCAUAUGAACCAAAGGCAAGAGGGGCUAAUCAGUCUACAUCCUGCCUCCUGCAAGACCACCACAACGGACCCUACGCUCAAGUCUGCCAACCCACCAUACCCUUACCCCACCCCAGACGUUACUCCGGGGUCUGCUUGUGGUCGGCACUGUGAAAAUGACCAGCACCUUCCUAGCAUGACGACCUUGGACCAUGUCAUCGCUACCCAGCAGUCGGAGUGGGUCUCUUUCAAUGAGGAUCCACUCUUUCCUGUCCCUUCUGAGGGGGGCACCGGAGAGCACUUCCCGGGACUGUCGUCUUCCUCGGAUCAGUCGGAGAGCUCCUCUGCAGGGAACCAUGCGGCAGACGGAGGCUCCCAGGACCUUUCCCACUCGGAGCAGGAUGAUUCCUCUGAGAAGAUGGGUCUCAUCUCUGAAGCUGCCUCUCCUCCUGGGAGCCCUGAGCAGCCCUCCCCUGACCUGGCUUCCGCCAUCAGGAACUGGGUUCAAUUUGAAGACGACACACCCUGGGCCAGCACAUCUCUGCCUCCUAAAGAAACAGGCCAACCAUUGACGAUGCCUUGCUGGACAUGCCCUUCCUUCAACUCUCUGGGCAGAUGCCCUUUGACCUCUGAGAGCAGCUGGACCACACAUUCUGAAGACACCAGCAGUCCUAGCUGCGGCCCCUCGUACACAGACCUGCAGCUCGUCAACGCGGAGGAGCAGCUGAGUGGCAGGGCUUCUGGGGCCGACUCGACUGACGAGAGGACGGAGUGGCAGACAGGCAGGCAGACGGCGGUGAGUCCUGUUCAAGCAUGCACGGAAAAUACCUCCACCCGCACCCGCACCCCGGACCCCUCGCCACCCUCACCCCACUCCAGAAGGAGCCAGCACCCCUGUGAGGGUCCGGAGGGGACCUCCACUCCCAGUGACAAUUCCUCCUCACUGCAGGAAGAUGAAGAGAUAGACAUGGAGGCCAUCAGCUGGCAGGCCAGCAGUCCAGUUAUGAACGGACACCCUGCCACCCCAGUGACCUCUGCUCGUUUCCCCAGCUGGGUCACUUUUGAUGACAAUGAAGUGAGCUGCCCUUUGCCACCCAUCACCUCUCCUCUGAAGUUGAACACACCACCUACCGCACCUGUGAUCCCGGAGGUACCUUAUAAUGCAACUGGCUCGUUUAAGAAGCGGGAACGUCCCAAGAGCACUUUGAUGAACUUCUCCAAGGUUCAGAAGCUGGAUGUUUCCUCCUUAAACCAUCCUCCUUCCAUAGUGGAGGCUCCGCCUUGGAGGGCAACCAAUCCUUUCCUGAAUGAGACUCUCCAGGAUGUACAGCCCUCCCCUAUCAACCCCUUCAGUGCUUUCUUUGAGGAGCAGGAGAGGCGCUCCCAAAACAAUUCCACUUCUAGUACCGCUGGCAGAGGCCAGAGAGAUUCCCUCAUUGUCAUCUACCAGGAUGCCAUCAGCUUUGAUGACUCAAGCAAACACCAGUCACACUGUGAUGCUGUUGAAAAACUCAAACAACUCCAAAUUGAUGACCCUGAUCACUUACGCAAUGCAACACUGCCUGAUGAUGACCCAGUAGCCUGGCUUGAACUGGAGGACUACCCGCCUGGUUUAGCACUCUCCCAGCCCAGGGAUGGGUGGCCAAUGAUGCUGAGGAUCCCUGAGAAGAAGAACAUCAUGUCCUCCAGGCACUGGGGACCCAUCUACAUCAAACUGACAGAUAGUGGUUACCUGCAGCUGUAUUAUGAGCAGGGCCUAGAGAAGCCAUUCCGUGAGUUCAAGCUGGAGAGCUGCCAUGAGAUUUCAGAACCUCGGCUCCAAAAUUACGAUGAGAAUGGCAGGAUCCAUAGCUUGCACAUAGACCGCGUCACCUACAAGGAGAAGAAGAAAUACCAGCCCAAACCUGCCGUUGCCCACACAGCGGAGAGGGAACAAGUGAUUAAGCUGGGCACCACUAAUUACGAUGACUUCCUGAGCUUCAUCCGUGCCGUUCAGGACUGUCUCAUGGAUCUGCCUGUGUUGUCAAUGGACUUGAGCACAGUUGGCUUGAACUACCUUGAAGAGGAGAUUACAGUGGAUGUCAGAGAUGAAUUCUCUGGCCUUGUGAGCAAAGGAGACGGCCAGCUUCUCCAGCACCAUGUCUUGACACGGAUCCACAUUCUGAGUUUCCUCUCUGGGCUUGCAGAGUGUCGCUUGGGCCUCAAUGACGUCCUUGUCAAAGGGAACGAAAUAGUUUCCCGGCAAGACAUCAUGCCGACCACCACCACCAAGUGGAUCAAGCUCCACAAGUGCCAUUUUCACGGGUGUGUGGAUGAGGACGUAUUCAACAACUCCCGUGUUAUUCUGUUCAACCCUUUGGAUGCGUGCCGCUUUGAGCUCAUGCGGUUCAGGACGGUGUUUGCUGAGAAGACCUUGCCUUUCACGCUCAGGACGGCGGCCAGCAUCAACGGGGCCGAGGUGGAGGUGCAGAGCUGGCUGAGGAUGUCCGCCGGCUUCUCCUCGAACUGUGACCCUCUCACUCAGGUUCCCUGCGAGAAUGUGAUGGUCCGUUACCCUGUGCCCAGUGAGUGGGUGAAAAACUUCCGCAGGGAAAGUGUCUUGGGGGAAAAGUCUUUGAAAGCCAAAGUGAACCGGGGGGCCAGUUUUGGCUCAGCCAGUGCAUCUGGCUCUGAGCCUGUCAUGAGAGUAACUCUGGGAACUGCCAAGUACGAACACGCCUUCAACUCCAUCGUGUGGAGGAUAAACCGACUGCCUGACAAAAACUCCGCUUCUGGUCACCCACACUGUUUCUUCUGCCACCUCGAACUUGGCUCUGACCAGGAAGUGCCUUCCAGAUUUGCCAAUCAUGUGAAUGUUGAGUUCAGCAUGCCCACAACCUCUGCCUCCAAAGCUGCCGUCAGAUCCAUCUCUGUGGAGGACAAGACGGACGUCAGGAAGUGGGUCAAUUACUCCGCACACUACAGCUACAAGGUGGAGAUGGAGCAAAAAAAGAGUUUGAAGCCGGACUUUGAAGGAGAGGAGAUGGAAAAUCCCAAAGAGUGUGGGGUCCAGUGAUGACGCCCUCCUGAGGGGCCCUGACCCUAGAGUCACAAUAGGAUAUCAUCCUGAAUCACUGAAGUUCAAGUCAGUACCUGCUACGACCACUCCAUGUUGGGAACAGUGUAUUGGACCUUCCUGUUUGUAGUUGCCUGUAUUGUAACAGGAAGCCUGAGGUGGUUGCUUUGGAGGCUCUGACAGUGCCUGCAGCACCUGGUUCCUCUGACUUUUGGAGCUUAUUAAUUAAGCCACCUCUUGUCUCUCCCAACGCUCGGGUGUGGUUUGUUGGGACUGUGAGAGUCAGGAAAAGAACCUCCCACACUGGUGUUGGCAUGAUUACCUUCUGGUGUUCUCCUGUCACUUAGAUGGGUUUCUGGAAAAUACGGUCUUGAGAAGUUCAUUAAGAACCCAUCUCUGUCACUCCCUCUAGAAAUGGUUCAGCAAAGGGACAAAGCAGAUUCCCGCUUUAGGUUUCCCAGUCCUUUCACAGGUGUCUCCAGUCUUUAAAAUAUUAACACUAUGCAAUAGCAGUUUUUGAAACGUUUCCCUCCUGGUUCCAGACUGUUGGGUUGAAGCACUUUUUCCAUUUCCCUAAGGUUUCAGUCACAGGGUUCACCACCCUGAGUUGCAAUGGACAGUGGGAGGAAGGGCAGGACGAGAUGCUUUUUUAUUCCGUGCUCAGUCCCACGUUCUGUAAAGGGAAAGCAAACCUGAGUUAUGUUUCUUCAUUCUGGGGAAAAGAGACAUGAAUUGUAAGAUUAUAUUCAGUUGAGGAGACAGCUUCAGUCUCAGUGAAUUCCCAAAUCCACCCUGAAAAAUGUAGGACAUUUCUGAUUCCUGAAACACAUGGAGAUAUAUAACCUCACUUUGGGAGCAUUUUUUGUAUCUCAUGGCCAAUAGACAGUGCGUGUCUCUAUAACUCAGACUUUACAGGAAAUGUAUGCCGAAAAGAUUGUUUAAAAGCUGUUUCAAAAUUCAGUUUGUAUGAGCUUUUCCCAGAAAUCCAGAGUUUGAUAAUCAUAGUAUUGUAAUAGAUCUAAAAGGCAGAAGAUUCUGGGGUACAGAUGGUUGGAAAGCCAUAUUUCUUUUUCAGUGUUGGGAACAUUAAUUACUGAUUCUAA